AUGGACAGAUCCCCUCGUCGAAUUGCCUCUCCAGUUAACAGAACUCCAUCUUUUGAGAUAGCGAUCCUGACAUCUCCACCUCUAUCUCCCCAUCAUGACCUUCCUCCAAUCGAAUCUGGCUCAAAUUCUCCAAAUCCACCGCCACCACCUCCACAUUCGUCAUUUUCUCCAAGAAGGAAAGUUCAUGAAUCAAUCGUUCGUGAAGUCAGAGAGUACCAUAUGACAACUCGAAUCCCAUUCUCACCUCCUCCAACUAUACAGAUUCAUCCAGCACCAAUCGCCGGUCCCGAAUCCACUUCGAGUUUUCGAACGAAUCCGGAACAAGAAGAUAGAGAUGACGAAGAGGGCAACGUAGAAGAAACAGUCCAAGAAAUUGAGUUACCUCCACCGGAGCACAAGGAAAUUGAGGUUGAAGUUCUUCGACAGUCUCCAGAAGAAAUAAUACCAGAAGAAGACUAUCCUAGGAAGUCUGAAUCAGAAAACAGAUUAAAUCAACAACAACUGGAGACUCCAACGGACAGAAGAAUCAUUUUCCCAAUCACUCCGUUCUAUAGGCGCAAAGGGUACGUUAUCUAUCUUCUAUUUUUCGAAGAAAACAACUAUAAACAUGUAAGAGAGUCAGCAAAAAAGGAUCGCCUCUUCCCCCUUUUUUUCAGAACAUGUUCGAAGUGUUCAAUUUGGCUUGGUGCUUUAUGUGCUUUCUUCUUUUUGUUAUCAAUUGCUCUGUUCUUGGUUUGGGUGAUAACAACCGAUGGAUUUAGAACAAUUGGAUCCAAAUCAACAAAUGUGUGCAAUUCUAGACAAUGUAUUGAUAUUGCAUUCCGUAUGUCGUCUUCUAUUGAUGAUGACAUCGAACCAUGUGAAAACUUUUAUCGGCACAGCUGUCAAAAAUAUCAUUCACAAACCGCCGACAAACAAUUGAAUUUUUUGAGUCAAUUGAAAGAUGAGUCAUUGAGAACAAUACAUAGUAAGAGUGUAAUUGGAUUAUUAAUGAUUCUUAAAUACAAUGAUUCAGGUUUAUUGUCAUCUGAAGAAGAUCCUAGAACACUUCAAAAAUCUGCAAGGCUUUCGAGAAACUUAUAUUCAGCUUGUAUGAAUGCUGUGGUUCGAUCACAAAAUGCCCCUACAGAUCUUCUGAUAUUUGUUAGAAACUUUCCCUGUGGUCCUCUGUUACGUGAUUGUCAAAGCUUCGACGCUGACUCCUACAGUUGGGAACGACAUUCGGGAAUGUUGGAUUGGUAUGCUGGAGAUUAUAAUCUAAUUGUUUAUAAUAGAGAUGUACAUCCACAAGACAGAAGUAAACUCAUUCUACAGAUAAAACCUCCUAAUUUGGACCCGAUUGUUGGUCCAAUUGAGAGAGACUUGAUGGCCCUAGCUAAACCAAGUCCCACAGAAUUCGAACCAUUAUUGCAGUUGUCUUUGAGACAGAACCUUCUAAGUGCAUUUGCUCGUGAUAUCUUGCUCCGUGAUCCAAGAGACGUUCAAUCUCAAUUGGAUGAAGUGGCUCGCCUAAUGGUUGAUCUAUACAUAUCAGCUAGACAGUCUGCUAGUCUAUCACCUAACACUACUUAUAUGACAAUUGGUGACAUGUUCCAAGUACUUCCUCAAUUAUAUCUUCGAGAAUUUUUUGAUGCUCAAUUAUCAAACAUUUACAAGUGGGCCGAAAGUGAUAUGCUGUCAAUUCAAGAUUAUGAUUAUUUUGCAAGACUUUCGGAUAUCAUCGCUCAAACCAGUCGUCAAGCUGUCGCCAAUUAUCUUCUCACGGUGACAAUUUGGAAUCUGAAGCAGUAUUCAUAUUCACCCAGAGACCAGUUUGGCUAUUUGCGGAUUACUGAAAGACACCCCGAAAUUUUCAAACAGCUCGGAAACUUGAGAGCCGUGCUCCAGUCUCCUGAAAAUGAUCGAAAUGACCAAAAAUCAACUGAAAUAUACUUUUUUGUUUUUCUCAUUGACCGGUGCUGUAGAUCUUGUGAUCUUCGAUCUACAAUUAAAUUUGGUUAUCACCUCACCGUUUCAAUUCGCAGAUGGCGUGAAUGCGUGGAUCAAAUAUCCAAUCUGGAAAUCGCAAGAAAAAUGUAUGUCGACAAAGCGUCUCAAUCAAUGAAUCUCUCAAAAACUGUCGAAUUUCUUCAAAAUCUCAAAAUUGACUUUUUAUCUGUCCAUCGGAGUACUCCUUUACAAUAUCUAUCCAACAUAAAUCGGCUUGGAUUCUAUGUUGGUUUUCCGAGACGACUUCAAAAUGAAGAAUUGAUUUGGAGGCCAGUAUCUCAGUUAUCUCUCAAUGAAACUGAUUAUUUUGAUUCGAGUAUCCGUGUUGGAAAAGCGGAAAGAGACUACGCUCUGUCUCAAAUUGGAACGUAUUUGGAUAGUGAUGAUACCACAGAAUUCCCAAUCACAGAACCAACAAUGCUUUACAAUUCAAAUGUCGGAGCAAUAGUAAUUCCACUUGCGUUUAUAGAACCACCAAUCUAUCUACCAGGAGAUGAAGUUCCAAUGUAUGGAAUAUAUUCAAGUCUUGGUAUAACCACUUUUCAAAUGAUAUCUAAAGUUUUCUGGCAAGGAUUGGAAAAGAGUUCCCAACUAGAAUGUUUUGACGGUGUAUUCCGUGGUUUUCUGGAUGCAAAUAGACAAAGAUCGCCUAGCAUCGAACCACAACUUUUAUCAACUAUUGAGUUAGCAGAUGCAUUCAAAACAACUUUGUAUUCUUACGCGAAAUGGCAAAACGAACAUCAUGUACAUCAGGAGAAAACACUUCCCGCAUUCGAUUCAACUGAUAGUAUGAGAUCACUUAUGCUAACUUUCUCAACGAUGUUCUGCAGCGGCGAAGGUUCUGAACCUGGAAGUGAUUAUGAAGCAAUGAUCAACACAGUUGUCGCCGAUUCCCGAAUGUUCUCCAUUCAUUUCAACUGUAAUAAUUCUAGCCGACUCUAUAAUCGUCGAUCAUGUUUCUGA